CUACUCAAACUGGCAUUCAAAAAAAUAAACUGUUUCGGCGCGUUCUCCGCUUUGUGCCUGUGUUUCGUGCUGUGUGCGGUUUGUUCAGUCUUGUUCUUGGAACAUAUUUUGUUAUAAAAUCAUAGUAAUAUUGCAUUUUGGUGGCGCGCACAGUGUACAUCUUGCACAAAAGAAGUAAUUUAGUAAAAGCGUCGAAACAGAACGAUAGCCAGAAAAGAGCAAAGAUUAAUUGAGCAACGUGAAAAUAUUGUAGUGCAGCAGUCAAAUCCACCUUAAUAAAAAUGGCCGCAAAACCAGAGGACAAAAGUACGGAUAUACCGGAUCGCCUCUUUGACUCCAAUCUUCGCAAGACUUAUAAGCGUAUGCGCUUCUUUGGCAAGGGCGGCUUUGCAAAAUGUUACGAGAUCAUCGAUGUGGAGACAGACGAUGUCUUUGCCGGCAAAAUUGUGUCCAAGAAGCUGAUGAUCAAGCACAACCAAAAGGAAAAGACGGCUCAGGAGAUCACAAUACAUCGCAGCUUAAAUCAUCCGAAUAUUGUAAAAUUUCACAGCUAUUUCGAGGAUGUGCAAAACAUUUACAUUGUGCUUGAGUUGUGCAAGAAACGCUCGAUGAUGGAAUUGCACAAGCGUCGUAAAAGUAUUACGGAAUUCGAGACGCGCUAUUACAUCUAUCAGAUCAUUCAAGGUGUUAAGUAUCUGCACGACAAACGGAUCAUUCAUCGUGAUCUGAAGCUGGGCAAUCUUUUUCUGAACGACAUGCUGCACGUAAAGAUCGGUGACUUUGGUUUGGCUACACGCAUCGAGUUUGAGGGCGAACGUAAGAAGACACUGUGCGGAACACCCAAUUAUAUUGCACCCGAGAUCCUCACGAAAAAGGGCCAUUCGUUUGAGGUUGACAUUUGGUCAAUUGGCUGUGUGAUGUACACGUUGCUGGUGGGUCAGCCUCCAUUUGAGACAAAAACACUGAAGGACACAUAUUCGAAGAUCAAAAAGUGCGAAUAUCGUGUGCCAAGUUAUUUGCGUAAACCUGCCGCUGACAUGGUCAUCGCCAUGUUGCAACCAAAUCCAGAGAGUCGACCCACUAUUGGUCAACUGUUGACUUUUGAGUUCCUUAAGUCGUCGCAGGUGCCAAUGUUCUUGCCCAGUUCGUGUCUGACGAUGGCGCCGCGCAUUGGCAUCAACGAUGUGCUUGAAGAUCCCGCUCAACGCAAGCCGUUGACAGAGAUGAAUGGUCUACGCGAUGAUACGCGCUUGGAGUCUACAUUCCUUAAAAAUAACUUGCACGACGCCAUCACAGCUUCGGCACAAAUGUGUAGGCACAACGAGGACUAUCGCAGCGACAUCGAGAGCUUGCAUCAACAGCUCACCACGCUUAUCAACAACAAGCCACGUUUAUUGCAAGGCAAUUUGGGCGAUGAGAAUACUGAUCCAGCGGCUCAGCCACUGUUUUGGAUAUCCAAGUGGGUGGACUACAGCGAUAAGUAUGGUUUUGGCUAUCAGCUAUGCGAUGAGGGCAUUGGCGUCAUGUUUAAUGAUACUACAAAACUUAUACUGCUGCCCAAUCAAAUCAACGUGCAUUUUAUCGACAAGGAGGGCAAAGAGACUUAUAUGACCACAACAGAUUACUGUAAGACGCUCGAUAAGAAAAUGAAAUUACUAUCGUACUUUAAGCGUUAUAUGACCGAGCAUUUGGUCAAGGCUGGUGCCAAUAACGUGACAGUUGAGAGCGAUCAAAUCUCGCGUAUGCCACAUCUUCAUUCCUGGUUCCGCACAACGUGCGCCGUUGUCAUGCAUUUAACCAAUGGUUCCGUUCAGCUUAAUUUCUCGGAUCACAUGAAGAUCAUUUUGUGUCCACGCAUGAGCGCCAUCACCUACAUGGAUCAUGAGAAGAACUUCCGCACAUACCGCUUCUCCACUAUUGCCCAGAGCGGCGUCUCCAAGGAUUUGUAUCAAAAAAUACGCUAUGCUCAUGAGAAACUACGAAAAAUGCUCGAGAAGAUGUUUGUUUGAGCAUUAUUAAUUCGCUAUGUGCACAGCAGCAGGCUGACUUCAUUAUUUUUAUGUUUAUGAUUAGUUUAAGCGCAUUUAUGAACCACCAAUCUACCAGGCAACAUCAUCAUGCUCACGUCUUUUUACCUAAAUCUUAGUUGCUGUUCAAUCUCAAUCCUGUUCAAUGUUUAAGUUAAAUUUUACCCUCAUUGUUUUUUGUUUAAUUUCCAAAUAAUUAUUAAAUCGAUAAAGUUUCGUAAUUCUGUGCAUGA